GGGGGCGGAGCCUCCUGGCCAUUUGGCGCGCGGGAAAGGCCGGAGGAGGUGUCGUCGUCAGCAUGGCGGUUCGCCUGAGCGAGGGGGCGAUUGCGUCCAUUAUGCAAGGAGAGGAGGUUGAGACACCUAUCUUGCAACUUAUUACCAUCCGAGCUAUUGCGACUGGAAAUGGCUUGCCACGUUAUCGAAUGCUCAUGAGUGAUGGAGUGAACAUACUUUCUUCUUUCAUGCUGGCGACGCAGCUGAACUCUCUGGUUGACCAGGGACACUUGGUCGCACAUGCCAUCUGCAAGAUUAACCGGUUUAUUGUUAACAUCUUGAAGGAUGGAAGGAGAGUGAUUGUCUUGAUGGAUUUAGAUGUUGUGAAAACUGCUGAUGCGGUAGGCGGUAAAAUCGGCAAUCCAGUGCUAUAUGCUGAAGGAUCUGGGCAAGGAGGGCAGCAGCAGCAGACCUCUGCUUUUGCAGCCGUCGAAGCACCAAGCAAGCCACUGCAGCAGAAAUGGAACCCUGCAGCAGGUCCUCCGGCGAAACACACCAGCCCUCCACAGAUGCUUGGGAAAGCAGGCGGCUCCAGCUUCCUGAGCACUCCUGGUGGCUCUCAGGUGAAAGUGGUGCCCAUUGCCAGUUUGAAUCCAUAUCAGUCCAAGUGGACUAUUUGUGCACGGGUGACUCAGAAAAGUCAGAUCCGAACGUGGAGUAACUCACGUGGGGAAGGGAAGCUGUUCUCCAUAGAGCUGAUUGACGAAAGCGGCGAGAUCAGAGCAACUGCCUUCACGGACCAAGUGGACAGGUUUUUCCCCAUUAUUGAGUUGAACAAGGUCUAUUACUUCUCCAAAGGCAACUUGAAGACUGCUAACAAACAGUACACAACUGUGAAGAAUGAUUACGAGAUCACAUUCACAAACGAGACUUCUGUCAUACCAUGCGAGGAUGCACAGCACCUCCCCUCAGUCAAGUUUGGUUUUGUUUCCAUUGGUAAUCUGGAGAACGAAAACAAAGAUUCAAUAGUGGAUGUAAUUGGAAUUUGCAAGAGCUUUGAGGACGACAGAAAAAUUGUAAUGAAGGCUUCCAAUCGAGAGGUGUCCAAGAGGGAUAUACACUUAGUGGACAUGUCUGGAAAAAUGGUGACAGUCACGCUAUGGGGAACUGAAGCUGAAAAAUUUGAUGGCUCCCGGCAACCUGUGGUGGCCAUCAAAGGAGCCAGAGUCUCAGAGUUUGGUGGCCGAAGUCUUUCUGUCCUUUCAUCAAGCACUGUCGUCAUGAACCCUGAUAUUCCAGAAGCCUUCAAGCUGCGUGGAUGGUUUGACUCUGAGGGCCAGCUUCAAGAAUGCGCCUCCAUCUCUAACACACAGGGUGGGCCUGCUGCAGGCGGAAACACCAACUGGAAAACUCUGUAUGAGGCUAAAUCAGAGAACCUCGGGCAAGGAGAUAAGGCGGACUACUUUAGUUGUGUGGCCACAGUGGUAUAUUUGCGCAAGGAGAACUGCAUGUACCAGGCUUGCCCAUCGCAAGACUGUAAUAAGAAAGUGAUUGAUGAACAGAACGGACUGUAUCGCUGUGAAAAAUGUGAUCGGGAAUUCCCCAACUUCAAAUAUCGUAUGAUCCUUUCAAUAAACGUGGCAGAUUUUCAAGACAAUCAGUGGGUAACUUGUUUCCAGGAGUCAGCAGAGGCCAUUCUUGGGCAGAAUGCCGCUUACCUUGGAGAGCUGAAGGAAAAGAAUGAGCAUGCUUUUGAUGAGAUAAUUCAGAAAGCCAACUUCACUACCUAUGAAUUCCGGAUCCGAGUUAAGCUGGAGACUUUUAAUGACGAAUCGCGCCUGAAGGCUACGGCAAUGGACGUGAAGCCUGUCAACCACAAGGAGUACAGCAAGAGGCUGAUCAUGAACAUCCGGAAGAACAAUGUAUAACUUGCGUGAGCAGCCCGCCAGAGCUGGAUCCUAUCUAAAGCACAUCUUGAAACACAGGUUUCAGUUGGCUUCUCCCCACCUUGGGACAGCCCCAUUUGGCAUAAAAUCCGCCUUGCUUUUUAGCUCUCUCUACCAACUCGGUUGCCUCCUGUGUUUUGGAAGUGUGGCUGAGUGCUACCAUUGGAUGAAGGAGGGGGUGUCACGGAGAAAACAACAUUCUGCCCUGGGACCUGUGGUUAUACCUGGUAUAGAGGUUCUGUUUUAUUUAGGCGGGGCUGGACAUAAAUAGUGAAAUGUCUGAUUCUCCCCUCCCUCAUUCUGGAAAGGCUAGUGAUGGGUUCCAUUUUAGAGAGGGUAGAAUAGGACCCCAGGCACACCCUCCCCCAGUUUUAGAGUGCAGGUGGCUUCUAUUAUCAUGAUCCAGGUCCUCCCCUCUCCCUUUGCAUUCAAAGACUUUCCUACUGCCACAGGUACCAGGCAGUUGUUAAUGCUUGGAAUGACAAUAUGGUAGAAUUAUUAAUCAAAGAUGUAUCUCUUCUAUCUGAAGAAUAUCCUUCCUCCAGGGUUUAAUAGACUGAGUCAGAUGGGCCUGAUAUUAAUCAAAAUUGUCUCUUCUGAGAGAGGCUGAUAAGCGUUGACUCUUCAUCCCUCUGGGAAAUCUAGGCAACUACAAAGCACUGCUUUAGUUUUUCACUUCAAUUAGGAUUGCAUUUUUGUGGCUGCUGACCGCACGGGGUCUGCUACCUGUCCAUAUAUAUUUCUUUGUGUUUGUAUGCCAAUGAUACUCUUUUUGGGUUUGUUUGUAACUGAUGUGAACAAAUGGUAAAGUCAGUCAGACUGGGAGGUAGGAUGGGUUUCUUCCCCCCCCCCUUUUCCCAAUAAACAAUGUUUAG